AUGGAAACUGGUGUUUGUACAAUCGUUGCGGCCGCUAACCCCGUGAUGGUUGUGCGUGUAGAGGUUGUGAUAGUGCUGGUGUUUGUGGUGGUAAUAAUGGCAGGAGAGGUACGGCAAGUCUACUUCUUCGCCGAUGUGAUUGUGCGAAAGUCAAGCCAAGUCAAGCCCAGUCAAGCUAAGUCAAGCCAAGUCAAUGAUAGCCCCCAAGAAAUUCUUUUAAAGAAAGAAAAGGAAGCUUGCCCGAAGAAAACGAGCGUUGCAAGUCCAAACUUGAGGAUGUGUACCAUGUUGAGGAUGUCGACGGCUGAUGAUAGCUCUCGAAGUUGGUGGUAGUUAGAAGUCAGUAUUCCUCGCCGU